AUGGUGGCCAAUGAAGCUUGGCUCCAGCUCUUCCCCGAAGCCAAAGUAUUCCACAUUUCGAUGUCGGCAUCAGACCAUUGUUUGUUGGCUUUAUCCCUGAACAAGAAUCAGCAGCAGAAGAAAAGGAAAAAGAGAUUCAUGUUUGAAGCAAUGUGGGUGAGAGAGGCAGAGUGCAAAGAAAUUGUGGAUACGGCUUGGAAUUUGCAUACAGAGGAGGCUGCUAUGUCUGUCCAAGAUAGGCUCAAAAGGUGUCAAAGGAAGAAAUCAUGUGGAACCAGCGAUUCUCGGGUACUCUGGCUACAGAACGGAGAUAGGAAUACAAAAUUUUUCCACGCUUCCGCCAGCCAAAGACAGCGGAGAAAUAGGAUUGGAGGCUUAAUGGAUGAGGAAGGCAUUUGGCAAGAGGAACAGGGAGCAACAGAGAAGAUCAUUCUGGAAUAUUUUUCUUCGAUAUUUAGUUCCGACCAUCCUUCAUGUUUUGAAGCAAGCUUGGAGGCUGUGGGCGAAAAGGUGACACCUGAGAUGAACGAUGUGCUGCUGGGAAAUUUUAAAGCGGAUGAGGUUUGGCAUGCGCUCCAACAAAUGCACCCCACGAAAUCUCGGAUGGUUUUAGCGAAUAGAUUGAAAAGGAUUCUUAAUGAGGUGAUCACUGAUGCACAGAGUGCCUUUGUACCGAGGCGACUAAUAUCGGAUAAUGUAGUGGUGGUGUUCGAAACUAUGCACACAAUUGGUAAAAGGAAGAAAGGGAAGGAAGGUUUAAUGGCCAUUAAAUUGGACAUGAGCAAAGCCUACGAUCGGGUAGAAUGGGGCUAUCUUGAGGCCAUUAUGAGAAAGAUGGGUUUUAGCGAGAGAUGGAUAUCUCUUGUCAUGAUGUGCGUUACAACGGUGUCCCAUGAGAUUCUUAUCAAUGGUGAACCAAGAGGGAAAAUCACACCAUCUAGGGGGCUUCGCCAAGGCGACCCCAUCUCCCCUUAUUUGUUCCUUUUGUGUGAGGAAGGGUUGUCGGCGUUGAUUAGAAAGAUGGAGGCUAUGGGGCUGCUAAGGGGAGUGGGGGUGAGUAAACAAGCUCCGAUGGUUUCGUACCUCUUCUUUGCGGACGAUAGUAUAAUAUUUUGUAGAGCUACAAUGGAGGAAUGCAAGCAGGUGGCAGAGGUUUUGGAUACCUAUGAGAAGGAGUCGGGGCAAAAGAUCAACAAGGAUAAAACGUCCUUGUUUUUCAGCAAGAACACAAGGGCGGAUAUCCAAGAUGGGGUGAAGAACAUGUUCGGUGCGCAGAUUGUACAACAACAUGAGAAGUAUUUGGGUUUACCUCCGAUGGUGGGAAGGGGCAAGAAAAAGGCUUUCAAUCGUAUCAAAGACCAAGUAAGCAGAAAAAUAGCGAGGUGGAAGGGGAAGUUACUGUCCAAUGCCGGUAGGGAAGUCCUGAUAAAGGCCGUUGCACAAGCCACCCCUACCUACACCAUGAAUUGUUUCAAGCUUCCUGAUACUUUGUGCUCGGAGAUAAACUCUUUGGUUGGGGGUUUCUGGUGGGGGAAGAAGGAAAGUGCUCGGAAGAUAGCUUGGGUUUCGUGGGAAAACUUGUGCAAACCAAAAAAGGACGGGGGUAUGGGCUUUCUAGACUUGAAAGCAUUCAAUCUUGCGCUUCUGGCCAAACAAGGUUGGAGGAUUCAGCAGAGACCUGAUUCUCUAAUCCACAGAGUGCUCAAAGCGAAGUAUUUUGCAAAAACUUCUUUUUUGGAUGCUCAGGUGGGGAAAAGACCCUCCUACAUAUGGAGAAGCUUGAUGGCAGCCAAACCGGUGCUUAGGGAUGGGGUUAGAUGGUGUGUGGGUGACAGAAAGAGCAUCAAGAUCUGGGAAGAUGCGUGGCUUACUUCUUUGGGGUCAGGCAGAAUCAUUUCACCUAGGCCUACAAUGGAUGUUGGUGAGUGCGUGGCCAACCUGAUUGCACACAAUAAAGCAGAAUGGAAAAGUGAUUUGGUAAGAAGCAUCUUCCUCCCUAUAGAAGCAGAGGCCAUCCUAAGCAUUCCCUUAAGUUCCAUGAACCCGGUUGACUCCCAAGUGUGGGCUUUUACCCCCAAUGGCACCUUAUCUGUCAAGAGUGCUUACAAAGUGGCUGUCCGGUACCUUGAGGUCUCUAAGGGAAAUGAUGGCAGACCUGGAUGCUCGGAUACAUCCCAUAUGGAGAUGAUUUGGAAGCUGGUUAUUUUGGAGGACAAUUGUGACUUGUGUGGGGAGUGUGAGUCUUCAGGUCAUAUUCUAUGGGGGUGUAGAGUAGCAAGAGAAGCUUGGAGCGAGACAAAGUUCAGGAUUGGCAGUCUAAACCGCCCCCCUAAGGAUUUCAUUGAUGUGGUUUGGCUGCUCAUGACAUCUUCAGGGGAGAAGGUCUGGGAGAAGUUUGCUGUCACGGCAUGGCUACUGUGGAAUAACAGAAAUUCUGUCAGGUUUGGGGGUACAUGUAAGAGUGGAAAGACCAUUGAAAGGGAAGCAAGGAAGUAUGUGAAAGAGUUCCGUGUAGCAUGGCUGCCUGAGAGCCAAAAAACUCAACCAGCCACUUGGGUUCAUCAUUGGACCCCUCCCCCUCAAGGUAUGUAUAAGGCAAACGUUGAUGCUGCUGUGUUUAAGGAGCAGAGGUGCUGUGGAAUUGGUGUGGUAAUUAGAAAUGACAAAGGCUAG